UUUUACACCAGCAGUGUAGCUGUACAAGGGGAGCAACUGUGCUUUGUAAACUUCAUUGUGAAACAACAGAUUUUUAAUCUUGGCUGUGUAUUUGCUUGACCAUGGAGCAUCUCAAUUUUACCAUCAAUAAGACAUCUGAUUUUGUCAACAACAGUACUGUGGGCAGCAAGCAGGUAGGCGCUGCGGUAUUUCUAAGUUUGUGCUGCAUGGUCGGAUUGCCCACCAACAUUGCAGUUAUCAUCAACAUUGCUCUCAAAUGGAACAAACGCAUGAGUUUCACUGUGAAGCUAAUGCUAAACCUGGCUAUAUGUGAUUCUUUGGUUCUUAGUUUAGCUCCAUUUGGAGUUUCUGGUCUGCUGAAUGGAUGGACAUUUGGCCUUUGGUCAUGUAAAAUUCUGACCUAUUUAAUCUACUGUGCUAUGUAUGGUAGUGUGUUGACUGUGACUAUGAUGGCUGCUCAUCACUACCACACAAUUAUGUCAAAAAUUCCUGAUCUCGGCGCACUGGAAAGACUGAAGAAGGCUCGUAGAAACUUACUGUUAAUUGGGCUCUGGAUAUUAGCCACAGUUUUUGCCUUGCCUAUACUUAUAACUCAAAGUGUUGAGUUCAAGAGGGGAUCCUUAAGGUGCCAGAGGACCAUAACAUCACCCUCGGGAAAGAUUACAGUUCUGGUACUCGAGGUCCUGUUUGGAUAUGUCCUCCCUUUCACCAUUAUAGCUGCAUCUUACUGCUGGAUCUGCAAGACACAGCUACAAGGAGGUAAACAUGCUAAAGAACGUAAGAAGAGAAUGAGAAGGCUUGUGAUUAGUAUUGUCGCAGCCUUCUUUCUUUUCUGGACACCUGUACAUAUCAUCAACCUGGUUGACAUUGCUACUACUGUGACCAAGACGUCGUCUCCAGCUGUCUACAAUCAACUGAAACUGAUUCGUAGAGCAACAGGAGAUUUGAGCAAAACUGUCUCUAUACUUAACUGUUGUGUGAACCCCUUUCUGUAUGCAUUUGCAUCAGGGAUCUUCAAGAAAAAGAGGCUCCACGAAGAAAAGAAAAACAACACAGAAAUAACUGUAACAAAUUGAGUACAUGCAAAUGUUUUUCACAAUUAACUUGAAUAACUGAUGGAAUAUAUUGUGCUGUUCAUGUAACCAAUAAGUGCUGUCACGUCUUGUUAGGAUUUAAUCCAGAGACUUUACAGUUACCUAAUUUUUUUAUCUUUAAAUCUGUCAUCCUGUUGUCUGUCAUGAUACUAAGACUGGAUUUUCACCAAAUGUAAAAUUAUUAUCAGUGUAGAAUUUCUUUAUUCUUAUUAAACUGUUGUAUAUUAUUGCUUUGUGAAGCACUUUGAAACCUGGUUACUUUUAUUUUUGUCUGAUAUAUGUAGUGGAUUGUGUUACUUUUAGAAGGAGACUCAAUUUUGUUUUAAAGUUUAGGUUUUCUUAUCAUUUACAUAUUUAUAUGUAUGUUUUAUAUGUUUUCAUUCAGUCUGAAAGUGGAUAGAAGUGUUUAGCUUGUUUUAGAACAUUGGCUUUGUAGAAAUAGAAACUUCACUAUUCCUGAAAUACCAAGAACAGAUUUGUGUGGUUCUUUUUACAUUAUUCUGUCCCACCUGCCAUUUGGUUAUUCUAUUUAGGAAUUGAUGAAAUGAAGUCUUUUUUAAUUGUGGUUAGGAUUUUAGAAUAGACAACAAAUGGAUCCUAUUUUUUUUUAAUACUGAAUAUAGCUCAACAAAUGGUUUAACCCAUCUGCACCAUAAAACUCUUUUGUGAAGAUUAACUUAACCAAUUAUUUUACAAUAUAGUAUUAAAAAAGGAAUGAUACAUGUAAAUCAGUAACAGCAGUGUUGAUGUGUGAGAACUAAUAUAAUAAUUAAUAAACAUUGUUAUUGUCAA